AUGUCAUAUCCACAAUUUGGAUAUCCCUAUUCGUCUGCUCCACAAUUCCUGAUGACAACCAACUCUUUGACCACUUGCUGCGAGUCCACCGGCAGAUCCAUAGCCGACUCCGGGGUAGCGGCGUCCGGGCAGACCCCCGUGUACUGUCCCGUGUAUGAGAGCCGGUUGCUGGCCACGGCGAGGCACGAGCUCAGCUCAGCAGCCGCGCUGGGCGUGUACGGGAGCCCGUACACCGGCGGACAAGGCUAUGGGAAUUACGUUACAUACGGCACCGACGCCUCGGCUUUCUACUCGCUGGGCACAUUUGACACUAAAGAUGCCACAGCUUCUGCGCAUGCGGGAAUAACACAGGCAACAGCCUACUAUCCUUAUGAUCCCACCUUAGGACAGUAUCAGUAUGACAGAUACGGUUCCAUGGACGGCGGAACGAGGCGGAAGAACGCCACGCGUGAGACGACCAGCACGCUGAAGGCCUGGCUGCAGGAGCACAGGAAGAACCCGUACCCCACCAAAGGAGAGAAGAUCAUGCUGGCCAUCAUCACCAAGAUGACCCUGACGCAGGUCUCCACCUGGUUCGCCAAUGCCAGGAGGAGGCUCAAGAAGGAGAACAAGAUGACGUGGCCGCCCAGGAACAAGGGCUCAGAGGAGAAGAGAUAUGACGAGGAUGAGGACGGGUCUCAGGAGGAGCAGAUAAAGAGCGAGAACAAUGAGGAUGAGACCAGGAGUCGACCAGACAAGGACCUCCAGCUGAGCGACCUGGACGACUUCGACACUCUGGAGUCUGAGAGCUCGGAGUGCGAGCUCAAACACCGCUACCACAUGAACACACACAUGUCCACGACCAGCGACUGCAGCGGCGACCACCUCAUUAAGGACACGUCUCUGAAAAUCUCGAUCCCGGUUUCUCUGGGAGGGGAGCAGGACUUGAGCAAAAGUUGUCUGAAAACGAGCCCGGAGGAUUUCCAGGCGGAGAGCAGGCAGCAGGCCAAGGCGUGCUAUAACCAGCAGCAGCAAGCAGGACACCAGAUUUUAGACGGGAAACCGCGGAUCUGGUCUUUGGCGCAAACAGCCACCUCCCUGAACCAGACUGAGUACCCGUCCUGUAUGCUGAGAUGCCAGCCCCCACCGCCCUCCUCCCUCACCCCCUCCCCCGCCGCUACCUCACCCGUAACCGGCCUGGACAACAGGCAGGACUCGCCGGUCACGACCCUGAGGAACUGGGUGGACGGGGUUUUCCACGACCCCUUGUUCAGGCACAGCACUUUGAGCCAGGCUCUGACCAACACCACCGUCUCUUGGACCACGAACACCAAAGGCGCCAUGCUGGAGGCGGAGAGGAGCGCGGCUGCUCUGCAGCAGCACCAAGACUCCUCCAAAGACACUUUCCCCAAAACUAUCAACAAACUUUUCUGCUCCUAA